CACAAAUCAGACCUGUCUUGCAGUAGAGGACUGCAGGCAUACACCAAGCCUCAGUAGAGAAGUUUUGACAUAGGCGCCUUAGGCGCCUAGGUCAAAACUUCCAGGCCUCUAGGCGCCGCCUAGAAGCAUGAGAAACGCCUACGCCGUAGGCCCAGCAGCAUCACAAACCGCCUCCGCAAAAAUGCGGCGGACUCCAAGGAGUUGCCCCUUUGCAAGACAGGCCCGAUUUGUGACCACAAAUCAGCAACGCAAAUUUUUGGAAACAC